ACCGCAGCAAAUAAGUCAUUUCAUCGCAGUCCCCUUAUCCUCUCCUUCAAUCGAUUAGAGCAAACCCUCCCCAAAAUAAAUCCCAGUCCCCCUCCCACACAUUGGGGCCGAACAUCGUAGACAGCCACCUCGUCGCGGAAGUCCAGCUCGUCGCCGAACUUCAGCUCCUCGUCGUUACAGACGCCGACGGCCAGCUCCUUGUCGUUGCAGAUUCUCUCAGACGGCCAGCAGCUCCUCGCCUAUUUCCUCGCCGACAGCCAGCAGAACCUCGCCCCUUCAUUGGCUCCAACUUCAUCUUCUCUACACUUCAUUGUUGCUUUUUUUCAAGCAUGUCCACUGAAGACAUGAUCCGAGCUCUCACUAUCAAUGUGACAAAAAUGCAACAAGAUAUGUCACAAUACCCGCAAGAAACGGUGCUCAAAGAACUGAACUUGGAGAAUCAAUUGAAACAAGUGCCAAACAUUGUGAAGCACAUUGGCGAGGAGGAAGAAGAAGGGGAGCUUACGGAGGAAGCUCAACCAGAGGAGGAGAAACCUCAAAACUCAACUCCACCACCGGCCAUUCCUGAGAUCAUACCACCAUUCCCUGAGCCUCUAAAGGAAAUACAAAGGGUGGAGAAGGACAAAGACCUCUACGAAAUCUUCUGCAAUUGUGAGUAUCAUUUAGAUUUCUCUUCGCUCACAAAUAUGCAGGGGAUAACAGUGGAGUUGCACAAACAUUUCAUACUCCCUCUUAUACCACCUGGAUCAAAACCCCUUCCAUUUAUCAUGCUGAGUGAAAAUCAUGGACCCUCACUCUCACAGUAUGAAGCGAUAGAAAUCCGGAUAUUUGAUCCCGGAAAGAUUGUCAAAAUAAAGGGUCGACAAAUUGAACCUUUCUAUAAGAUGCGCCCAGAUGAAAAUGUGAAAAAAGUGUUGGAAUAUUGAGAGUAUUUCAAAUGAAAAAUACUUUAUUGAUCAAUUUUAUAAAUUAGAUAUUUUAAUAUUCUAAAUGAAUGUUUAUUGAGUUCUUCAAAUAUUAACGUUAGGCACUAUAAAGAUCCAUUUACUUUGGGGAGUUAUCAUACCUAUGUGUAUCCUUAUAAAUUAUUAAAAUUCAUUGUUUAACAAUUAAUAUUCAACAAUGAGUGCAUGAGUGUCAAGGCUGUCCCAUAACGUAUGUGUAUACUCCUAUGGUGAUGGCUAUUAACUAGUAACGUUAAUAUUAUACUUAAUUGCAAAACAUUUAAUCUAUUUUAUUUACUAGUAUGAACGUUGUUUUUUAGUUUUUUACACCUGAACCGUAACGUUAUAAUCUGUUAGUAUAAAUCUACGAGCAUACUUCUACUUGGAGGGUGUGAUCAUUAUCUUCCUCACAAUUGUGCAAACUUCAAAUCAUUCUUCCGUUGGAUUAAUAUAAUUUUCACUCUAGUUGUUCUGUUACCGGCUUACGCUGAAGUGCUCGUUUUAUCUUGGGGAAAUGUUUUCGCUAGUCGGAAAUACUUUCUUGAGGAUAGCGUUUACGCGACUCGAGCUAUAUUAUUUUCUAACGUUUUUUGCAGGUUUAUCCGGCCGUAUUUCCACCAACAAUCUCAAGAAAGUAUUUGGCGUCGGAUAUGCCUGCACACAUGAUCUCACAAGGUGUUGUCGUCGCACUCAUCGCGGCUAUGUUAUUUUUGCAUGUGUGGUGCGAUUUAGACUGGCAUUUGGAUAUAUCUCUACGUAUAAUGUUUACUCUCUUUAUUUUCCUACUUACAUUAAGCCAUACUUUAACACCACUUUUUAAGAAAAAUGUUAUUCUUUUAUUUAGUGAUAAAAUGACAACUAUGGAAAACAACAACC